AUGGAUGAGUCUGCCACAGGCAGUCCGGCCACGGGAUCGGACGGCUGCCCACUGGGUCAGUUCCCCUGUGGGAACCUGUCGCUGUGCCUCCCACAGCUCCGCCACUGUAACGGCGUCCAGGACUGUGCUAACGGAGCAGAUGAGGAGGACUGCGUGCUUGAAGUGCUCCCUGAGGAAUGUUUCUGCGAGGACCGGCGAGUCAACUGCAACAAUAAGGGUCUUCUGGCAGUCCCUGCUGUAUCUGCUAAUAUCACUGCCCUAGAGCUAAACAGCAACAAAAUUGAAUCUCUGCAAUCAGAUGAGUUCAUCCGCUAUGGUAACCUGGAGAGAUUACAUCUGGAGAACAACUGGAUCACGACCAUCUCUAGACGAGCCUUCUCUGGGCUGCACUCGCUGAAGAGGCUAUUUCUCAGUCAGAAUCGGAUUACGACAUUGAAGGCUGGCAUUUUCAGGGACCUUUGGAACCUGGAGUGGCUGAUUGUUGAUGAAAAUAGAAUCACGUCGCUGAGACAGAAGUCCUUUGAGGGUCUCAAAUCGUUAUUUUUUGUGUCGUUUCUGAACAAUUCACUUGAGUUCAUCCCCAAGAAGUCUAUAUGCAUGGAAAUGCCCCGACUGAACUGGAUGGAACUUGAGGGAAACAGGAUUUCAUCCAUGAGGUCUUCAAGCUUUCAAAAGUGCACCUCUUUGACAGUACUGGCUCUAAGGGGAAACAGAAUACAGGGCGUUGAGGACGGAACGUUUGAUGAAAUGCAAAGCUUAAUAGACUUGGACUUAUCUGUAAACAGAAUUGGGGAGUUGUCCCCAUCUCUAUUCCGUAAUCUUCACAACCUGAAGCAGUUGAACAUUUCAAACAACCCCCUGACUCACAUUUACGACAAUCAGUUUGACAGUUUUGUCAAUUUGCAAUCGCUGAGCAUCGAGGAUGUGGAGAUACCCAAUAUCAGCAUCCAGAUGUUUCGAUCUCUUAGCAACCUUUCACACAUAUAUUUUAAAAGGUUUGAAUACUGCGGCUACUCUCCGAACGUGCGGAGUUGUAAGCCGAACACCGAUGGGAUUUCCUCGUUUGAAAACUUGCUGGCCAACAUCAUUCUGCGUGUGUUCGUGUGGGUCGUGGCAUCUGUCAUCUGCUUCGGAAACGUGUUUGUCAUCUGCCUGAGAUCCUGCGUUGCAUCCGAGAACCAGCACCACACAAUGGCCAUCAUAUCGCUGUGCUGUGCCGACUGUUUGAUGGGAGUCUACCUGUUCUUCAUCGGGGCGUUCGACAUCAAGUACUGUGGAGAAUACAACAGACAUGCACAGCUUUGGAUGGAGAGCCUGCAGUGCCAGCUGAUUGGCUGCCUGGCCAUGCUGUCCACUGAGGUGUCAGUCAUGCUGUUGACCUACAUGACUCUGGAGAAGUAUCUGUGCAUCGUGUUUCCUUUCCACAACUACAGAGCCGGUCGCAAGCAGACCCUGUUCUAUUUGAUUUUCAUCUGGGUCCUUGGCUUCAUGAUUGCCGUGAUCCCCUUCUGGGACAAGCAGACCUUUGGGAAUUACUAUGGCAGGAAUGGAGUUUGUUUUCCACUUCAUUCAGACGACAUGGAGAAGCCUGGAGCCCGAUGCUACUCGACAGGAAUAUUUCUAGGAUUGAACCUCUUUGCCUUUAUCAUGAUCGUGUUCUCUUACACCAGCAUGUUUUAUUCAGUGCGGAAAACAGCCAGCACAGCUCGCCAAAGCGUCUUAAACAAGGAAGUUUCCAUAGCAAAGAGGUUCUUUUUCAUCGUUUUCACAGACGCAAUGUGUUGGAUACCUAUAUUCAUCCUCAAAAUCCUGUCUUUGCUAAGAGUGGAGAUCACAGGGACCAUCAUUCUGUGGGUGGUGAUCUUCAUCCUUCCCAUCAACAGUGCCCUAAACCCCAUCCUCUACACUAUCACCACCAGCUCCUUCCAGGAGAGACUCCAGCUGUGUCUGAAGAUGAGGUGUAGGGAGGUGGGAGUACGGGGCCCCUCCCAACACGGCUCAGACAUCUUCCAUCCGCCCAGCGCUCUGUAAACGCCCGCUUGAAAGAACACCGUGUACGUCACUGUCAUCACUCUCCAUCUACGAGAAAAUACCACCUGCCCGUGAAUCUGGUGUAAAGACACAUGUAAAUGCAGAUUCAACUCCUAUUUUGUAACACAUUGUUGAAAGAUUCCAUAUAUUGUCCACAACGGUGAAAUAAAUGCAACAGAAUUGAAGUCAGCUGAUUUAUUGAAUGAACUAGAGACAGCCUGUCCUGGCCUUUAGUUGUGGCAGGAACCAGACAUCCCAGACAGCACAGCACAGACACACAGCAGACAACAGAGACACAUAGCACAGAGA